UACUGUAUCCUUACUGUUGCUUAACUUGUUAGCUAACUUCAUACUACAGUAUCAUAAACUUUUUACGUACGGAAAAAGAAGCGUCACGUUAUAGGUCAGUCCAAUGAACUUCAGCGUUCCACUCGCCAGAAACAUAAGAUGGCGACCGCGGAACCGGAUAUCAAUUCAAAUCCACCUCAACCUUCUGAAGAUGGACCUGAGGAGACUGGGCAGGAGGUUGUGAGCCCUGAGAGCUAUAUAAAACACCCUCUCCAAAACAGAUGGUCUCUCUGGUUCUUUAAGAAUGACAAGAGCAAAACGUGGCAAGCCAACCUCCGCCUCAUCUCCAAGUUUGACACAGUUGAGGAUUUCUGGGCCCUCUAUAAUCAUAUUCAGUUGUCAAGCAACCUGCUGUCUGGUUGUGACUACUCAUUGUUUAAGGAUGGCAUUGAGCCCAUGUGGGAGGAUGAGAGGAACAAGCGUGGAGGGCGCUGGCUGAUCACACUGAACAAGCAACAGAGGAGACAGGAAUUGGACCGCUUCUGGCUGGAAACGCUACUCUGCCUUGUAGGAGAGGCAUUUGAUGAUUACAGUGAUGAGGUCUGUGGAGCAGUGGUCAACAUCCGUACAAAAGGAGACAAACUUGCCAUCUGGACGGCAGACUAUGAGAACAGAGACGCUAUCACACAUAUAGGGUAUGUCUAUCACACAUAUAGGGAGAGUGUAUAAGGAGCGCUUGGGAAUCCCAAUGAAGAUGACCAUUGGCUAUCAAUCUCAUGCUGACACAGCCACAAAGAGUGGCUCCACCACCAAGAACAAGUUUGUGGUUUGAAAUUUGUGCCUAUAGUUUAUUUUUUUGAAAAAAGUAUCCUUUUUGUUGUGGGGGCUUGUUUACUUCACUGCAAGAACUGCGAGAUACAAUCUAGCGAAGAAGAAAAAUAUAUAUCUUAAGACUAUAAACCAAAGCUUCAUCUGAAAUGGACCUGUACUGAAAUCCAGGAUAAACACUUGUGUGCAGAUUCACAAUUUCUCUGGAACAAUUUCUCAACUUGCCAAUGCCCUUAAUUCAUAUGUCGUACAGGUGAACAUGCAACCGUAAAAAUGUAAACAAAGAGACGUAAGAGAAGAGUAUGUAUUAAGAGAUGUUAAUGUUCAACGUGCUCUUAUAUUGGAAAAGUAGUUGUUGUGAUUUAUUUAAUGGCAGGGAAUUUAUCUGAAAUGUAAUGCAAAAACAUUUCUGUGUGCCCUUUAUACAGCAUUAUUAUUAUUGCUGUAAUCUUUAAUAAUGUUAAACCAUUUUAAUUUAUUAUACAAAUUUUCCUGUUUUAGUCUUUGUUCAAUGCUAUAUAUAGCCUUAAACAAUUAGAACAUGCAGUCAAGCUAAUCAACUUUUUUUCAUAGAAUGUUAAAAUGAUUAUAACUUUGGUUUUGCAAUUCAAUAUAAGCGGUUUUAUAUUGUGGGAUACUUUGCAAUUGGAAAUGUGUACAUUCCUUGAAGGAAAUAGGAUAUUUGACUUACAGUGACACUGUAUUCCAAUGCAUCCAUUUAUUAGUGAUUGGAUUUGAUCUCAUUUGAUUGUUUGCUUACAAUGGAAGAAUUUUAUUAAGAGUAUUUUAAUAAAGUGUUUUGUGACUUUAGCUCUUUUUAAUCUAAGAAUAAAUACGUAUUUUUGAUUCCCAGUCA